ACAAACUUGUAGAUAUUAUGGAUACAUAUACUAAUUGAAUAUUUGGCGAACUACUCACGAUUGUAUAAAAAAUGUGGAAAUAUUAUGGGAUUUGUAGUUUGCUUUUCAUCGUAAUCGUUGUCGUACAUGGACACGAUUUCCGAAGUUUUGAUGACACUGUUUUGUUUAAAAUCAAUUGGCCAGGGAAAUCUACUUCCGAUUUAUUGGAGUCCCCUACAAAUGUAGAGCCUUACUUUAUAACUACAGCAAACAAUGAACGAUAUCAGUGUAUGAUUCCUGAUACUGCAGAUCAAGAACCAGAUUAUUCUGAACCGUAUGAAGGAGCAAACCCAAUAGAAAUUUUAUCAGUGUUGUUUACUCACAGUACUUGUUCUUACAAGGUUGAAUCAUAUUGGACAUACGAAUUAUGCCAUGGACGAUUUGUACGUCAGUAUCAUGAAGACAGAGAUGGGAAGAAAGUUAAAAUACAAGAAUAUCGUUUAGGUACAUUUGAUAAACGACAGGAAAAAAAGCUGAUGGCAGAGUAUUCAGAACGAGAUACAAGGCCUAAAAAGAAGGCACAUAUACCGGUUACAAAAGUUGAUGGAAUCAAUAUGCCUUAUGUUGAAAUUGAGAUGGGUGAUGGUACAGUUUGUGAUUUAACUAAUAAGCCACGAAAAAUUAAAGUUCGAUAUGUUUGUUAUCAACAUGGUAGACAUGAAUUAUUUUCACUGAAAGAACCUUCAAGUUGUGAAUAUGAAGUUAUUGCCCUGUCUCCUUUGCUAUGCCUUCAUCCUGAUUAUAAACCGCAAGGGACAGGAGGGAAUGAAAUCAAUUGCUUGCCAGUUGAUAAUGCACUGAAGAAACCAAGGGCUCUGGUUUCAAUGGAAAGAGAAAGUUUGAAACUACGUCAUCAAAAAGUGAUGGAUGACAAGCUGCAGAAAGUCUAUGCGAUCCUACAUGUAGAUAAGGAGGGCCAGGAUGGUGAAGCACGCGUUAGAGUUGAAAUACAUCCGGUCGAUGUCAUCGAUAAGCAUAAUAAUGCUGAAGAUUCUAUAAAUUCAAUAAUUGAAAAAGGUAUAGCCCCGGCCGAAGUAAAUGCCGUAAGGAAUUUCUUUAGCGGAAAGAAUUGCUUACACGGGGGCAACGGAUGGUGGAAAUAUGUAUUCUGCUACGGACGUUCCGUGAUUCAGUAUCACAUAGAGCGCGACGGCACCAAAACUAUAGUGAACCUCGGUAAAUUCAACGAGCAGAAACACUUAGAUUGGCUAGCCGCGCAUCCACAUAAAAGACCGGAACUACGGAAACAACUUUCUCAUUUUUACAGCGACGGAAGUAUUUGCGAGAAGACUGGUAAUCCGAGACAAACCGAGGUGAAAUUGAAAUGCGUCGAGGGUCAAUCGGUCAGUCCGUCCAGCAUUUCUAUAUUUCUACUUGAACCAAAGACGUGUGAAUACGUGCUGGGAGUUGAAUCGCCGUUUAUUUGUGAUAUCUUAGAAUUCUAUGAUUCGAACGCAUUUCUCAAUGUGAAGUACGAAGUAAAUUUCGAUAAGUUAAAGACAAACAUUUUCCACGAGUACGUGGACUUAGACGAAAGGAUAGCAAACGAGGACGACUAGUGGUGAUACGUUAACAAUCGCAGGAAAAAAGUUCCAACGGUAGAAGUGAUAGUAACGGAUUGCUGGACACUUGCGCAUAGUUCUAACCUAACUAAAUCGUUUCUCUAGAAUUCAAUCCUUCUCGGUAUACGACCGUCAUACAUCAAAGGUUUCGUGUGUACAGAAUGCACGUUACAACACUAAUGCAAUCAUACAAAUUCUAUCGACUUGUCGCGCUUUUCACAUAUUGUUACGAAUUCUAAUGGUUGUAACGGUACAAAA